AUGUUCAAGCACGCUGCUGCCUCCCUGAGCCGACCUCUGGCGCGCGGCUUUUCGUCGUCCGCCGCGCGUGCCUCGUACGAGGACACGAUCAAGAACCUGCUCAUCAACAAGGACUCUCGCGUCAUCUGCCAAGGUUUCACGGGCAAGACCGGUACCUUCCACUGCCAGCAGGCCCUCGAGUACGGGACCAAGCUUGUCGGUGGUGUUUCGCCCAAGAAGGCCGGCCAGACGCACUUGGGUCUGCCCGUGUUCGGCUCGGUCAAGGAGGCCGUUCGCGAGACCAAGCCGCACGCUUCCGUGCUUUACGUCCCUCCCCCCGGUGCUGCUGACGCCAUCAUCGAGGCGAUCGAGAACGAAGUCCCCCUCAUCGUUGCCAUCACCGAGGGUAUUCCUCAAAAGGAUGAGAUUCGCGUUGCAGCUGCGCUCCGCUCGCAGUCCAAAUCGCGUCUCGUAGGCCCCAACUGCCCCGGUAUCAUCAACCCGGAAGGCUGCAAGAUUGGUAUCAUGCCCGGUCACAUUCACACGCCUGGUCGCAUCGGUAUCGUCUCGCGCUCCGGCACGCUCACGUACGAAGCCGUCAACCAGACCACCCAGGUCGGCCUGGGCCAGUCGAUCUGCGUCGGUAUCGGCGGUGACCCCUUCCCCGGCUCCACCACGCUCGACCUGGUCAAGCUGCUCCUGGACCACGACAAGUCCGAAGGUAUUGUGCUCAUCGGUGAGAUCGGCGGAAGCAUGGAGGAGGACGCCGCCGAGUACCUAGCCAAGUACAACAAGACCCGCUCCAACCCCAAGCCCGUCGUCGCCUUCAUCGCUGGCCGCACCGCUCCCCCAGGACGCAGAAUGGGCCACGCUGGUGCAAUCAUUGCCGGUGGCAAGGGUGGUGCCGACGACAAGGUCAAGGCUCUCACUGAGGCCGGUGCCAUUGUUGCUGACUCGCCUGCCAAGAUCGGCGCCCUCAUGAAGGAGGCCAUGCAGAAGGCUGGUUUGGCUUGA